UUGUGGCUGAACAACGCUGACAGAGAUCAGACGGGCACAAAUCAGGUCUGCAAAGAAAAACAACGAAUAGAAGCUAGCAUGGGUCCAAAACCUCCCCAAGCAAGGCCCACAACCUCAGUGUUGAUCAAAAAGAGGUCAAGAGUUCCUGGAGUUCUAAUCACUCAGUUUGUGGAGAUACUUCCUGCAGGAAAAUCAGCACCUGAUUUUACCCGGAAACUGAUGGCAACAACUGUUCAGGAAGGGAAAAAAGCCUUUUUUAAAGCUAUGGUGAGUGGGGAGCCAGCACCAAUUGUUACAUGGACACGCAUUAAAGGGGAAGUGGAUGAUCCAGAAAAGUACAAAACUAGAUUUGAUGAGAGAACCCGAGAGAACAUUCUUGAGAUACUGAAUGUAAAAUCAGACGAAGCAGACACCUUCAAGUGCGUCGCUACGAAUGAGUAUGGAGAAGCCGUCUGCACAGCUGCUCUGAAUGUUAGUGCAGGAUCUAAAAAGAAACCACAAGAAGCGAAUGGACAAGGAGCACAAGACUUCAGAUCAAUGCUGAAGAAAACUGCUGUUGUGACCAAGAAAAAGCCACCCCCACCACCGAAGGAAGGAGAAGUUGAUCCCAAGCUCUUGGAGCUGCUUUUAAGCGCACGAAAGAAAGAUUACGAAAGAAUCUGCUUGGAGUUUGGUGUCACAGACUUCCGCUGGAUAUUGAAGAAACUGAAACAAAUGAAACAAGAGAGGGAAGAUGAACAAGCAAAAGUUGUAGAGGGUCUGGAUAAUGUAAAACAGAUUGAGAUGAAACCAACUGGGAGAGCUGAAUUCAGCUUUGACAUGAAACUAAGGGACCCCAACAACGCUGUUAACUUAUACAAGGAUGGAACAAUGAUUCCGUAUGAUGACAAUAAAAACUCAAAGUGCAGUCUUCAGAAAAAGGGAAUAAAUUAUCUUUUCAGCAUUAAAGAUGCUCAGGCAGACGAUGCUGGACUAUAUCAGGUUGAUGUGGAAGAGACAACUGUCCUCACCACCGAAUUUCUAGUACCUGAUGUGGAGUUUGCAGCAACGAUCAAGGAUGUUAAAGUCACAAAAAACAGGGAUGCCAUUUUUCAGUGUGUUUUGUCAACACCCCUCAACAGAAUUACCUGGGCAAAACUCGAUUCAUCACUUGAUCAUAGUGAGAAAUAUGAGAUCACUGUUUCAGAGGACAAACUAACUCACACCCUGAGAGUGAAAGAUUGUCAAAUUACAGAUAAUGGAGCAUAUUACGCCAUAGCUGGUGUUACGUCCAGCAGCGCCUCCCUCUCAGUGGACGCUGAUCAAAAGGACAUCAGACCCAGUGAUCAUUAUAAUCAAUCCAAAGCUGCAUCAAAAGAGCAGGAAGAUGAAGCAGACCAAGCAAAACAAAGGAGCGCUGCAGCUAAAGCUUUGCAGAGAAAAGAAGAUAAAAGAAACGGAGGAGAUGGGAGCAGUGAGGGGAUUGACGGAGGCAAAGGUGCUGGGAAUUGUGAAGGAGAUGGCGAGUUUGCCCUGGGGGAUGGAAACAAUCAAACUACUACAGAUGAUGGCGAUAAGAAGAAGAGAUUACAAGCUGGUCUUUUGGAUUCUGAAACUGUGACAGAUCGAGGGGUUCAGUUUAUUAAAGGGCUUUCAGAUUUAAGCACCUGUGUUGGAGAACAAGUAGAACUGUCCUGCAAAGUGAGCAGUGAAACGUCAGAGGGAUGCUGGUACAAAAAUGGAAUGCUGCUAAAAGGAGGGGAUGGGGUGAAGAUAAUAAAAGAUGGAGCCAGUCACACUUUGAUAAUCGAGUGCUGUAAAGAGGAUGAUGCAGCUGUGUACCGCUUUGAAGCUGAAGGCCGCAAAUCAGAGGCAACACUUAAUGUUCAAGAUCCUCCAAGAAUCAACCAAGAUGCUUUAGGAAAAUUCACAAAUGCAGUCAUUGUAAAGGCAGGUGAAAAUGCCAAAUGGAAGCUGCCAUUCUCAGGUAAAGCACCAAUAAACAUACAGUGGUACAAGAAUGAUGAUGAGCUGUUACCCGCCAUCAAUGUGAAGAUUGAGACCUCAGAUACUGAGAGCAAACUGCGCCUCACAAAGUGUCAAAGAAAAGACAGUGGAGAUGUUAAAAUCAAAAUAAAAAACAAAUUUGGAACAACAGAGGCCAUUUCAAAGCUUAUUGUUCUAGACAAACCGUCACCACCUCAAGGCCCGGUGGACAUUAUGGAAAGUGCUGUUACAUCUGUUGAAUUCAAAUGGAAACCGCCAAAAGACAAUGGUGGUUGUCCGAUCACAAACUAUAUCAUAGAGCGGCAACAAGUGGGCCGACAUAAAUGGUCAAAGCUGGGAGAAAUCUCCGGAAACCCGAGCUACAAAGAUACUGAUGUGGACCCAGGAAGGAGAUACUGCUACAGGAUCAGAGCCAAGAACACAGAAGGCAUCAGUGAUUACCUGCUGACAGAGGAUAUAGCAGCUGGUGUAUUAUGUUAUCCUGGAACACCAGCAGCACCUAAGGUUCUCAGUACCUUUAAAAACUGCAUCAACCUCUCCUGGUGUCCCCCUUGUGACACUGGAGGAACCAAAAUAGUGGGAUACAACUUAGAAAAGAACAAGAUGGGCACAAAUUACUGGAGCCUAGUGAACCAAAAAGGGCCAAUCACAGAAACAAAGUGUGCAGUGACUGAUGUGUUUGAAGGUGCUGUGUAUCGAUUCAGAGUGUCUGCUAUCAACUUGUCGGGCACUGGGGAUCCAAGUAUACCAUGUGACGCUGUUAUUGCAAGAGAUCCAAAGAACCCUCCAGGCAAAGUGACAGACCUUAAACUAACAUCCUCUAGUUACACCACAUUUUCACUGGCUUGGACGAAACCGAAGGAAGUAAAAGGAGUAGUGGACGAGGCCCAGGGAUACUAUGUGGAGAUCAGACCAAUCGAGAGUCUUGAAUGGCGCCGCUGUAAUGCCAUCUCAAUUAGUUCGGCUUCCUACACUGUGCUUGGCCUGAAGGCAAUGGCCGCAUACUGGGUUAGAGUUAUUGCCAUGAAUUAUGGAGGUGAUGGAGAACCUCAGGGCUUUGACAAUUAUUUCAUCGCCAUGCCGCCUCCUGUAAGGCCAAAGUUCAAAGGUCGCAACAUGAAGACAUUAGUGGUGGAGAGAUCUGGAAACACUGUUCGCCUCAACAUCAACUUUCAGGCAUCCCCAAUGCCUGACAUUUCCUGGGUAAAGGAUGGAAUACCAUUGGCUAAGCACGUAACCAUUACCAACUCUGAUAAAGGGUCCCAGCUGCUGAUUCCUACAUCUGAGAGGUCAGACAGCGGCAUCUACACCAUUACUGUGAAGAACAUUGUAGGACAGGAAAGCUUCAGCAUUGAAGUCAGAAUCACAGAUGACCCCAAGCCCCCGGGUCCUGUAGAACUGGAUCAGAACAUCCCAGGUACAGUGACCCUCUGCUGGACUCCUUCUCCAGAUGAAAAGAGAGACAGCAGGUUACACUACAUGGUUUCCAAACGAGACUCUUUCAAACGCACAUGGAGGAUGGUGGCCGACAACCUCUUUAACAGCAAGCUCACGGUUGUCAACAUCAUGCCUGGACGGGAGUACAACUUCAGGGUGUUUGCUAAAAAUGACAUGGGUCUGUCACCCCCAUCUGAGUCCCCGAUGUUUGUGAUCAAAAAGGAAAAAGAGAAGUUCAAGGUAAAUCUGCCAGAGAUUAAAUCCUCAGACUUUGAGUCGCCUCCAUCAUUCAUUGUCCCGCUGAAAAGGCACACGGCUCCUCAGGGAUAUGAAUGCUACAUGAGCUGUGCGGUAAAAGGCAAUCCAACACCACGUGUGACAUGGUACCGCAACAGCAUGAGCCUGAACACAAACACAGACUACCUCAUCACAAAUGUAUGUGGCGUCUGCUCCCUGCUUGUGCUGCGAGUUGGACUCAAAGACAACGGAGACUACAAAGUACUCAUCGAGAACAAACUGGGGACAGCAGAGUCCUCUAUGACACUGAAUGUCAGAGAGUGAAGCAUAUCUGAGAUGGCAGAACUCAACCACCAGAACCAGCUGCAAAUCCGUCAUUAAUCUAGACUAAUAAACACUAAACAGUGCCUCUAUUUAUUAGAGAUGUGCUAACAAAUA